AUGGACGAUGGGUUCUCCGAUGUCUCAGAGCUGAGCUCUCCCCCAGCCUCACCGACACCACCGCCGGGGUUUUAUCCUUCGCCGCCUCCGUCACAAGAAGCGGACGAGUCCAGCAGUACCCGCAGCCAAGACCGAGAUGACUUGCCGCCCGCGAGGAAAAAGCGACGGGUCGCCGCACCAAAAGAACGCCAAACGCAGCAUCUCGAUCUCUCGACCAGCGCUGAACUUUCCUAUACUGAACAACAGGCGCAAAUCGAUCUACUAACAAAAACGAUUCGUCGACACCGCAAAGUUGUCGUCAUUGCGGGAGCUGGCAUCUCCACCUCUGCGGGCAUUCCCGACUUCCGCUCCACUGAUGGGCUUUUUAAAUCUCUACAGAAAAAACACAACCUUAAAGCGUCGGGAAAACUUCUAUUCGAUGCUGCCGUCUAUCAAGAUGAAACACUAACCGCUUCCUUCCAAGACAUGGUGCGGUCGCUGUCCGACGAGGCGGCUAAGACCUCCCCAACCAGUUUUCAUCACAUGCUGGCUCGCAUCAGUCAAGAAAAUCGCCUGACCCGCCUGUACACCCAGAACAUCGAUGGCAUUGAGGCCUCGAUGCCUCCCUUGGCCACCCAGAUCCCAUUGAAUGUGAAGGCGCCGUGGCCGCGCACUAUUCAGCUGCACGGAAGCCUCGAAAAGAUGGUGUGCCAAAAAUGUCGUCAUCUCGGCGACUUUGACAGUGCCAUGUUCGACCGCCCGGAUGCUCCGGAGUGUCCAGAAUGCGCUAGGAACAAUCAGUUCCGCAUUGAGACAGGCCAGCGCAGUCAUGGAAUUGGUAAAAUGCGACCCAGAAUCGUGCUCUACAACGAACAUAACCCGGAUGAAGAGGCGAUCACUUCCGUCAUGAAUGCCGAUAUUCGCUCGCGCCCAGACGCGCUCAUCGUGGUGGGCACUAGUUUGAAGAUUCCGGGCGUGCGCCGCCUGGUGAAGAGUCUCUGUUCCGUGAUUCGCAGUCGCCGGAACGGGGUGACCAUGUGGAUCAACAACGAACCCCCAGCCGGCAAGGAAUUCGAGGAUUGCUGGGAUUUGAUGGUCAAGGGGGAUUGCGAGGAAGUCGCACGAUUGGCCAAUCUGAAACGGUGGGACGAUCACUCAGAGGACUUGUUCGAUGAAUGCAAUGCAUCUGAGGUGGAGCGGGUGAAACAUGGACAUGGAGUGUCGAUUGUCAUCGAGACGCCGAAGAAGAAGCAAAAGACUCAGACGGGCUUCCUCACGCCAUCCUCCAGUCACGACGAGGAAGCUUCGGAAUUACCAAAGGUUCCAGCUGGAGGUCGGGCCAAUCCAGCCAGCCGCGGGCGCAGCCUGCAAGAAGUGCUCAAGGCAUCAAAGACCGCAGUGCCGAAGAAGCCGGCCACAAAGAAGAGCGCCCCUCGCAAGAAGACAAAGAAAGACGAGCCAGCCAAGAAUGCGCGGAUUACCACCUUCAGCAAGGUUACCAAGGCGCAGAAGGUCGCGACCGAUACAGAAAAAGCGAUCAAGUUGGAGAAAGAGGAGACCAAGCCAAUGCACCCACUACCACCAGGCGCUGCUCGCAACAAUGGCCCAAUGUUUCCUCAUCUAGCUCAGAAGGGAGAAGAGACCCCACGCAACGGUCGCUGGCGCCAGCCCGAUACAAUCUCUCCCAAAUCGGUUCCAAACGGGAUGAGUCAAUUGUUAAAUCAGCCGACCGCAUGA